UUUGCAAAGCACUGAUCCCAGCAGGGUCUAUAAAGAGGUCUGAUACAGCCCAGUAUCUGGUCUGGUCUGAACUUAACACAGUUACAAUGGGCAAGAUUAUCUUCUAUGAAGACAGGAACUUCCAGGGGCGUCACUACGAGUGCAGUAGCGACUGCCCUGAGAUGCAAAACCACUUCAGCCGCUGUAACUCGAUAAAAGUUGAGAGCGGCUGCUGGGUGGCCUAUGAGAAGCCCAAUUAUGGCGGCUACCAGUACAUGCUGCACAAGGGAGAGUACCCCGACUACCAACGCUGGGCAGGCUUCAAUGACUGCAUCCGCUCCUGCCGUAUGGUGCCACCUUAUAAUGGGAACUACAGGAUGAAGAUCUUCGAGCGGUCUGACUUCGGGGGUCAGAAUAUGGAGCUAAUGGAUGACUGCCCAGAUCUGCACGAGCGUUUCCACACCCGUGACAUCUCCUCUGUCAAUGUCAUGGAGGGCUACUGGAUGCUGCAUGAACACCCCAAUUACAGGGGACGCCAGUACUUCUUGCGCCCUGGAGAAUACAGGAGGCACAGCGAGUGGGGAAGCACCAGCCCCACCAUCGGCUCUCUGAGACGUGUCACCGAGGUCAACUGAUUGCCAGUUUGUUUUAACCUUAUCGAGCCCCACUGUUUAAGAUUCCUACCCUUUUGUUCCCCCCAAUGCCAGCAGACUGUUUUCGUGUGGUCUCAACACUGUGGUGUCCAAACCUUAACCUCAUACAUUUUAAUGAAGAGGGUUGUGGUGUGUCUCAUGCUGGGUUCUGGUUUUGUUGGGUUGCUUUGCAUUUGCUGGGGAAAAUUAUCACCCAACUCAGUGCUCAGGCAACGCUCACAAUAAAUAGUGAUGAUCUUUUUUUUGCUUUGGUUGUUCCAUCGCAAAAUGGUUUGCCUUGCCGGUCCCCAACCUCCUGUCCUACUGGAAUCACAAUAAAUUAAAACUUGAUGAAA